AUGAAUGACAUUGCACAGAAAACUGAGAUUCUGCUUUCUUCAUCUAAACCCGUCCAAAAGUCCUAUGUGCCCAAGCUUCACAAGGGUGAUGUAAAGGAUAAAUUUGAAGCUAUGCAGAAAGCAAGGGAAGAAAGAAAUCAAAGGCGAUCUAGAGACGAAAAGCAAAGAAGAAAAGAACAAUAUGUUAGAGAGAGAGAAUGGAACAGGAGAAAGCAGGAGAUGAAAGAACUGCUUGGAUCUGACGAAGAUGAUGACACCAAACUAUCUAAAACAGAAAAGGGUUAUGUUCCAAAGCUUAUAGGAACUGUUAAAGGCAAAUUUGCAGAAAUGGAGAAACAAAGGCAAGAAGAAGAAAGAAAAAGAACGGAAGAAGAAAGAAAGCGCAGAAUUGAACAAGAUAUGAUUGAGAAAAGAAAAAUGCAAAGAGAAUUGGCAAAAAAGGCACAGGAGAUUGAUGACUUUAACAAUACGGGAACUGAAUCAGCAGCUGAGGAAGGGGAUGAUUCACUGCUAGUUACAGUAGUGCCUGUAAAAAGCACCAGGACACCUGGGAAGAUGAAAAUAACUUCUGAGAACACAGGAAAGGAGAGAGCAGAACAAAGAAAGACACAGGAUGAAGAAAUGAAGCUAAAACAUGAGGAACAAAACCAACUCCUCAAGGAACCUAAGUGCCUUUCAUUUGUCAAGGGUGAAAAUGAAAACAGUGAAACUCAAGAGCCUCUGUCUCCUGGUAAGCUGAAAGUCACAUUUGAAGAACUGGAAAGACAAAGACAGGAGAAUCAAAGGCGGCAAGCAGAGGAAGAAGCAAGACAACGUUUGGAAGAGGAAAAACGUGCCUUUGAAGAAGCCAGGCAGCGAAUGGUAAGAGGCGACGAAGAAUCUGAAAAUGCUCUUAAAGAACUCCGCCCUGGUAAACUCAGACUCAGUUUUGAGGAAAUGGAAAGACAGAGGAGAGAAGAGGAAAAGAGGAAAGCAGAAGAGGAUGCGCGACGACGCAUAGAAGAGGAGAAAAGAGCAUUUGCUGAAGCAAGAAAGAACAUGGUGCUGGAUGAUGAAUCACCAGAAAUGUUUAAAACCUUUUCUCAAGAAUCUCUCAUACCUGGUAAACUGGAAAUUAAUUUUGAGGAGCUGCUGAGACAAAAAAUGGAAGAAGAAAAGAGGCGCACAGAAGAAGAGCGAAGGCAAAAGUUGGAAAUGGAAAGGCAAGAAUUUCAACAGCUGAGACAAGAAAUGGGAGAGCUGGAAGAAGAGUCUGAAACGUUUGAGUUAAGCAAAGAGUAUGAAGAAUUGAUGAAGCUAAAGAGAAGCGGUUCUAUUCAGGCAAAGAACUUAAAAAGCAAGUUUGAAAAAAUAGGACAACUGUCUCAAGAAGAAAUACAGAAGAAGAUUGAAGAAGAGCGAGCAAAGAGAAGAGCAAUGGAUGAAGAAAUUAGAGAAAGGGAAGCUGAAAAAUUUCAAGAGGAUGAUGACGUAGAUGUGACACCAGCCAAGAAAUCCGAAGCUCCAUUUACUCACAAAGUAAACAUGAAGGCUCGUUUUGAGCAAAUGGCAAGAGCCAGAGAAGAAGAGGAGCAGAGGAGGAUUGAGGAACAGAAAUUACUACGUAUGCAAUUUGAACAGAAAGAAAUUGAUGCAGCAUUACAGAAGAAAAGGGAAGAGGAAGAAGAAGAAGAGGGGAGCAUUAUUAAUGGCUCUACUUGUGAAGAUGAGGAUCAAGCUCGAUCUGGAGCUCCGUGGUUCAAGAAGUCACUGAAAAACACAUCAGUUGUUGAUGGCGAGCCAGUAAGAUUUACAGUUAAAAUUACUGGAGAACCAAAACCUGAAGUUACAUGGUGGUUUGAAGGGGAGAUGUUGCAGGACUCUGAGGACUAUCAAUAUAUUGAAAGAGGAGAAACCUACUGCCUUUACUUGCCAGAAACCUUCCCAGAAGAUGAAGGGGAAUAUAUGUGUAAAGCAGUCAACAACAGAGGCUCAGCUGCUAGCACCUGUAUUCUCACAAUUGAAAGUAAGAGCUAG